GACUCACAGUCUCGCGAGAUGAGAUUUGUGAUGUCUGCUGCUGCUGUCCAGAAGGAGUCAAGGAGUUAGACGCUAACAGCACUGCGGGACUUUUAAAUAGCGGUGUGGUACUGCGUGCUGUGUGAGGAACAGCGGGAGUAUCCCGGGAAACAAACUGUGGCUAUGGAUAUGGCUGUUUGACUGUAUUACCUUCAUACUACGGACUUAUCUUUGUGUGCUGUUUGCUAUAAUAUUCAUUUAGUGUUUAUUGCUAUGGGAGACGGGAGAACCAUCAGUUUGCCAGAAUCAGAUAAGAUUUUACAGUACAGUUCUGAGAUACGUAUGUCUCCAACAAGUCUUCUAUCAUCCCAUUCUCAUUCUGCAGCCAAUACCCUUUCUGGCAUUGUUUAUAACUUCUGCACUGAAGACAAUAUAGAGCAAUGUAUUACUUACAUUGAUCAGGAGCUUAGAACCAUAGGCUUUCCCACAGUGCAAGCUGUAUCCAAGAAUGGAGAUGGGAGAAAACUGCAUUUGGUGUCUAUCGUCAACUGUAUUCAUGAGCUGCUGCAAAGAAAUUCCCAAAAUAUGCGAAGCAAAGAAGAAGUGGAAACACAGCUCCUGAAAAUAAAUGGUGACCUGGAGCAUUUGCAGAGUAUUUAUCAGAGGCAGAAGGACCAGAUGGAAGCCACAAGGAGAGAAAACUGUGCUCUCCAGGAGAGGGACCGCCAGAUGCAGUGCAAAAAUCGUAAUCUUCUCCAGCUGCUUAAGAAUGAAAAAGAGGAGGUCCAAAAACUACAGAACAUAAUUGCAAGUCGUUCUACUCAGUUUAACCAUAGUGUGAAGAGAAAAGAGCGAGAGUACAACAAACUGAAAGAGCGGCUAUAUCAGCUUGUGAUGGACAAAAGAGACAAAAAAAUUUCAAUUGAUGUGCUAAACUAUGUUGGCAGAGCUGAUGGAAAGAGGACAUCUUGGAGAACAGGCAAGACUGAUGCAAAAAAUGAAGAAGAAAUGUACAAAGUUCUGUUAAAUGACUAUGAGCAACGUCAGAAGCAGCUAAUGGUAGAAAAUGCAGAGCUGAAGAAAGUCUUGCAGCAAAUGAAGAAAGAAAUGAUUUCUAUCCUUUCACAACGUAAAACUAAAGAGAAACUGGAUGAUAGCAUUGGCCCAGUAGCUUCAGACAUCGAGGAGGACUUGGCUGAUUCCAGUAAAGAGAAUCUUUCUGAGUUAUCUUGCGAGGCAGUACGUGAACAACUAGUUAGUAGCAUCCGUCAACAGUGGCGUAUACUGAAAAGCCACAUGGAAAAACUUGACAACCAAGCAUGUCUUGUAAAUGCAGCUACACCUGAUGAGAAUGGCAUGAUAGCGAGAGGGGAUCAUGAACAAGAGCUUGGAAAACUAAUAAAUGAAAUCCAGCAAUGUAAAGAAACCAUUAAAAUCCAGCAGCAACUCCUAAAGCAACAGUUUAGUGUGCCUCGUGAUGACACCUCAACGCUUCUGCAGGACUGCUAUCUACUGGAAGACAAAGAGCGUCUCCAGGAAGAAUGGAAGCUGUUUAAUGAGCAGAAAAAAAACUUUGAGAAAGAAAGAAGGAAUUUCACAGAAGCUGCUAUCCGCCUUGGGCAUGAGAAAAAGGCCUUUGAAGAGGACCGAGCAGCUUGGUUAAAGCACCAGUUCCUGAACAUGACUGUGUUUACAGACCACAAGAAUUCGGAAGAAAAAAGAGCUCACGGAGUUCACUUCAGUCCUGAGCAAGACCACUGCAGACUGCACAGCAGGACUCACGAUAGACACCUUGCAUCCUCAGGAGACCAUUACCAACGUCCAAGGAAAACCCUGCCCAUUACACCUUCUUCAAAGCACAGUCUGACUCAAAGAGAGAGGUAUUAGGAGCGUUGCAUGGAGAGAUUCGAGCAUUAGUCCAAAUGGCACAGACUUCUGAAUUAAAUCCAGUUCUGGGCUGUGUCAGCAUGUUUGGGAGAAGAAAUAAUAAGCACUUGCACAAACAGUCGUGUGUCCUUGCUAUUCCUGUCAACGACUGUUCCUUCAUUUGUUUGCUGCAAAAGACCAAAGCGGUCCCCUCAAACUCUUAUGUUGGAUUAGUAACAUUUUAUACUCAGUAUCUUUUAUUGGCCACAUGUGACCGUACAGAACUCCCCUAAUUAGAAAUCAAUAUGGGGAGUUAACCAUUUGGCAUCCAAACUCGUACAGAGAUCCCACUCCCAUAGUUACUUGAGGGCCGUUUACCUGGCAUAAACUAAAGUCUUAGUGGUACUUAGAAAAUGAACUUGCACAAAUGCAACAUGUACAUUCUUUUAACAACAAAUCAUUUUGGGUACUGGUGUCAAAUAGCCAAACUGACUGCCUUUCAUUGUAAGCUCUUUUUUCCCCCGUCUUGACAUUUUCUGUUACUUCUUGUGUUCCUGCAGUUCUUUAUUUUGUACUCCCUGAGGGUGACUUGAUGCACGUGGUUUACAUUGUUGAAAGUCUUAGGAACCUCCAAGCAGCACUUUAUUCCAAUUAUUUUGUACUUCCCCCUCAUACACAAAUCUGCCCCUCAUGAAGCUGCAGUGCAUCGACAUGUUCACACAGAGAAGGGCAUAAAUGUUCAAUAUUAAUGGAAAUCUUUCAUGUUCUGGCCUUUAUAUUUAAUUUGUAUAUAGUUUUUAUUCAUGUUUUUAGCAAGAGUAAUUAAGACUAGAAAAAGUGUCUGUUUUGGUGAAUGUUUAGAAUCUUUGCACUACACUCAUAGUAAGAAACAAAAUACCAUGUCCCAGUCCCAGUUGUGGUUAUGGAAUAGAGUCUAAACUGUAUUCCAGAAAUGCACAGUUUCUUUCAUGAAAUGGAAAUAACUCUUACAAACACUGCAAGAACACUUUGAAUAUCUGAAUCCUUGGGCCCAAUUUUUUUUUUCUUAUGUGUGAAUUGUAAAGUGAGAAAUGUAUGUAUAUAAGGUAAUGCAACGUAGCUCUGGUUCGGUGUGAUGUGUGAAUGAAUUUGAUACGUUUGCUCCUAUUAAAGUGAUAAUGCUGGCAGAACUUUUUAAAAGAAAAAGGACAAAUAGUGAACAAUAGCAUAUGUAAUGAAAUUGUGCCUUUAUUUUAUGCUGCUCUCUAUUGCAUCUAAAAGCAGCCUACCUACCUCUGCACUGUGUAUUUUUAGAUGAUUUUACACACUGAUUUAUACUAUUUAGAUUUGCUAAUGAAGUUCAAUUUUAUGUAGUAAAACCAUUGUUAAUAAAAUAACAUUUUAAAACUA